AUGGCCUCUUCCAAGGAGAUGCAGCAGUCUACAAGGCCAUUGACUCAUCGGUCCUCCGUUUCCGCGGCCUCGGCUUCAGGCCUCAUGACCCGACAAGCCCACUCGCGGACCAGCUCCCACUCCAUUUUGAGCAGUUCGCUGAAUGCCAACCACCGCGUGACCCGCCGCAAGUCCAUGACCAAUAACACAACCAAUGUCGCGGCUGUAGAGGCGGCUCUCAAAGAGGCCAACGCCGACGGCUCCGUGGCCAUGCCCAUCGGCUCCAGCGCGCGCCGUAACACGGCAUCCAAAAGCGCCGCUGCUCGUGCCGCCAUAAUGGCAAACCUGCCGUCGCCCCCUGCGAGCCUCCCACCACAACAUCGUUUCCAGCUGGAAAAGGAUGCGAUGAUGCACGAGAGUGCCAUUGAAGACGAUCCUCAGGACAUGUCUGCCGAUGAAGGUCUUGACCAGAAGGCUUCUGUGCGCAGAGCGAGUGACGGACAGCCGCUCAUCAAGGAACGGCGCAAGAGCAACCGCGUUGAGCUUCGUUGCGAAAAGUGUGGCAAGGGAUACAAGCACAGCAGUUGCCUGACCAAGCAUUUGUGGGAACAUACUCCCGAAUGGUCCUUCACGUCCAAGCUGCUCAUCUCCAAGCACCAACAAGUUCAGCUCCUCGAGGCUGCGUCGGUGCUCGUAGCCAUGAACGGGCCGGGGAAGGAUUCCUCCACCCCGCCCGAGUCGGCCAAGGACUUCCAGAGCGACCCCGAGUCUGCUCCGUCACCUGAAGCGUCGGCAUCGGGCUACUCGGACUCCCGGCACAGCUCUGCCGACACGACCCCGCCGCCUCAGAUCGAGGGCAUGACCAUGUCUGGCUCAUCGGGCCCCUUUUCCAAGCGCUACAGCGGCUUUGGUCGAUCGUACCAGUCGGCUCCCUCGACCAACCCCCUCGUGACAGGUAGCAUGCCGAGUGGCCCGGGUGGCUUCGCACACUUCCGCCAUCAGAGCCAAGACGGCCGUCCUCCUUCUUCCGGACGUAACACCACGGGACAAGAAGACCAUGAACUGGCCGCCGCGGUGGAAUUGCUGAGUUGCAGCUUCAACAGCAACAACGGCUCGCGGACGGUGAACCUGCCUGCAGAUGUACCCCCGGUGCCCCCUCUACCCUCUCGCUACCUCGACCAGGCGGCGUCCUUCAACAAUACCGGCUUUCUCAGCAGUUAUCCAAGCAGGCAGCCGGAAAGCUUCACCCGGGGCGAAAUCCGACACCGUGACACCAAGGCCGAGGAGAGCGACAGCAUGAUGGAUGAUGAUGAGUUUGAUCGGCGGUCUCGGUCGCGCAGCGAUGAGGACGACGAUGGCGUCUUUGGACGCAUGGAGGAAUAG